AAAAAAGGUUAAAUUGGCGGGGAAAAUGACAGCUAAUGGAAAAUCUCGUGGCAAUGAUUCGUCAUUUUCUAUGGAAGUAAAUAAACGAGCGCAGGGGUUAAUAGCAAAGAGAGCAAAAGCUUAUUUACGUGCAGUUGAAAAGAGUCAAUGUCAGGUGCCUACAGUUCAAAAACCGGGGCUUCCCCGAUUGGAAUCACUUCAAAGGGUCGCACAUAUACCCAUAGUCGAGUCUGGGAUCGGUGUCACCGAAAAAAUCUAUUCAAAAAUAAGAGAAUCCAACCCCCUCAUCCGCUGGUACCUCACCCUGGGUGAGAAGUCUUUCGACAUUGGAGUCCAACUCGCGCUACCAGCGGUUCACUUGCUGGAGACGCCUAUCCACCAACUCGAUCGGUUCCUCUGCAAGUCACUGGAUGUGGUGGAGAAACGGGUCCCGUCGAUCUAUUUGCCGCCACAGGCUAUGUAUUCUGAAACCCGGCAGUUCGUGCUCCGCAGAGCGGACUCGGUGAAGCAGCUCGGGACAGCUGUCCUGGACUCGCGGGUGACCGCGGUGACGGCCACCGCGCUGGACCGCGCGCUCACCACCGCCGACAAGUACGUGGACAGAUACCUGCCCCCGGAUUACCAGGAUGCUGCUGAUGUGGUGAUAAUAGUGACGAGCGCGGAGAGCUCGGGCGGGGGGGAGUCGGGGCGCGCGCGCGCGGAGCUCGCGCUGCAGCACGGCCAGCGGCUCGGCCGCAAGCUGCAGCGGCGGCUCACGCGCCAGGCGCUCGCUGAGGCCAAGGCGAUUAAGGAGCAGAUACACGUGCUGGUGUAUGUCGCCGAGCUGAUCGCUACGGACCCGAUACUCGCCUGGCAGAAGGCGAAGGAACUGUACGCAUCUCUCUCCAAGCCCGAGCCGGAGAACCAGGCCCGACCGGCCACGCUCGAGGAGCUCGUUGUCUUGUUGUCCCGCGAGACCGCGAGGAAAGUCGUGCAUCUGAUUAACUAUACGCACUCCGAUUUGCCGAAAAAUGUCCGUCAAGGGUUGACAGCUGUCACCAACCAUCUGUCCGUGGCCGCCGAGACGUUGCUCAAGACGGUACCGGUUGAAACGGCUCUAUCGGAAGUGAGAAGUUGGCGCGGAAAGCUCAAGGCGCUCCUACAGCAACUGCAGGACACAUCAAAGACUUACCUUGAACAACUAGCGAUGUUUUUGGCGGGAAAUGAAGAGCGCGAAAAAAUAACGCCACGUUCGGUUUACGAGCAACGCGAUGAUUUGGCGGCCAUCAAUGGAUACAAUUAAAUAACAAUAUUAGCUUUACUUUUAAAUUAAGAAUAUCUCGAUUAUCAUUUUUUUUUUAUUAUUUUAAAUACUCAUAGGUUAUUUCACGUAAUUUUUUUUUAAUUUUAUUCAAAAUUUUUAUUUUAUUUGUUUCACUUUUAUUUCAAUGUAUUUUUAUUUUAUUUUUUUGAAUAUAAUUGUACAAAACGUGUAGUUAAAAGUUAUGACAAUGGAUUGGUCGAUUUAAAACAAUAUGAUUCAUUUAAUUAAUAUUAUCAUUAUUAUACU